AGGCUGGAAUUUGCUCUAUUUAUACACACAGCUCUAGACUCUAGUCAGGUACAUAUUCAUCUGCUUAGGAUAUACUAGUGUCAUAUAAUUGAAAGGAACAUUGAACAUCUCAAUUAAUCCCACAAAAAAGAAAUGGAAACCGUAGUGGAAACCCUUCACAUGAACAAAGGAGCUGGCGAAACUAGCUAUGCCAUGAACUCCUUCGUCCAGAGGAAGAUAAUAUCAUUGACAAAUCAAGCAACAGAGAAAGCUAUUAUGGAAAUUUUAUGCUCAAAGAGAAGGCCAAUAACAAAGAUGGGAAUUGCUGACUUAGGUUGUUCAUCAGGACCUAAUGCCUUAAGGGUAAUUUCGGAAAUAGUUGAAGCUAUAAAUGCAACCUCAAGCUUGUUGAAUCAUCAAGCACCAAAGGAACUAAUGUUUUAUAUGAAUGAUCUUUUCACCAAUGAUUUCAACAAUAUUUUUGCUUCUUUACCAUCUUUCCACAAAAAAAUAAGGCAACAAAAGAGUAAUUACAAUAAUGGGAAUAUUGGUUCUAAUUGUUUUGUUUCUGCUGUACCGGGUAGUUUCUAUGGUAGACUCUUUCCAACUAAAUCCCUCCAUUUUGUGCACUCUUCUUCAAGUCUCCAUUGGCUUUCUCAGGUUCCUUGUGGUUUGGAGGAUGAAAGGGGGAGAGGGUUGAACAAAGGAAAACUUUACAUAUCAAAGAGCAGUCCCAAUUGUGUAUUAGAAGCUUAUUUACAACAAUUUCAAAAUAAUUUUUCACAGUUCCUUGAGUCACGUUCUCAAGAAAUGAUAAAUGGAGGACUCAUGGUCCUUUCUUUUAUGGGUAGGAAAUCCAAAGACCCAACAUCAGCCAAUUGUUGCUAUCAAUGGGAACUUUUAGCCAAUGCUCUUAUGACUAUGGUUUCAGAGGGUCUUGUUAAAGAAGAAGAUGUGGAUUCUUUUAAUGCUCCUUACUAUGCACCAUGUUUUGAAGAAUUGAAGAUAGAAAUUGAGAAAGAAGGGUCAUUCAUGGUGAAUUCUUAUGAAACUUAUGAAGUUGAUUGGGAUGAUGGGAUGGAAUUGCAAAGUGAUGAUAAUGAUUUAUUAGGAAGGAAGAUGUCAAGUGGAGAACGUGUUGCAAAAACCAUAAGGGCUGUUGUUGAGUCAAUGUUGGAAUCUCAUUUUGGGAGUCAUAUAAUGGAUGAUUUGUUUCAAAGGUAUGCUAAACUUGUGGAGGAUCAUUUGUCCAAGACUAGGACCAAAUACAUCAAUUUGGUUAUUUCUCUUGUCAAGAGACAAUGAAAUACAAACGCUAUAUAUAUAUUUGUUUAAAAAAAUGUGGAGUUGAAUAUAAUUAUUGUUCACAAAGGAUGAAUCUAGCUAGCUACCUUUUCAAAAAACAAAAAGUUUGAUGAAUCCAACUUCAAUAAUGUUGAUAGUUUGGUUUAUGUUGAUUCUACGUUUAGUCCACUUGUAUUCUAGUACGUACAACUUCAAAUUCGAGCUCAUGCAUGAGUUUUACAUGUGAAGGAUAGUAUGAGUCCAAAAAAAGGAACAAAGUAUAUUUAUUUGUUUUUCACAUUCU